AUGGCGUCAGAGGUUUUAUCCUCGUCGCUAAGAUCGGAGCAAGAAACAACUUCGCUACCAGCGAGGUAUCAAUGCCCUGUCUGCUUGAAACGCUACAAGCGUCGUGAACAUCUAUUCCGACACACCAGCUCACAUACGUCAGAGCGCCCAUACCGUUGCGACUCGUGUGAUGGUUCAUUCCAGCGCGCAGAUGUUCUGAAACGGCACCUUCGAACAUGUGAUGGUGGCAGCUCAAGGUCGGGCGGUCGUCGACGCGCUUGCGAUCGGUGUGUCCGCCAGAAAAAGGCGUGUAGUGCCCAUCAGCCAUGUCAGAACUGCUCAAGAAAGGGCGUUGCGUGUUUCUAUCCAACUGCCCCGGAGCCAGACGACAGGCUUAGUCAAGCUGUUUCUCGCAGUAGCGAUGGCUCUAUUGGGGAUUCUGUGCAACAGAACGGAGCUUCCUCUUUGUUGACGGACCCAACGAUCCAGUCAGAUUCAGCGAUCCAGUUACCCUGGGCACAACAGAGCAGCGGAGCUUUUGCGACGAGCCCACUGGAUAAUCUUUUGAGUCGGUCAUUCCUUGAGUCUGCUAGUCCAACAUGGCAAGAUUAUCUUCUUUUGGCCUCCGAAAGUCACGUUCUCCGAGAUAAUCCUCUCUUAGAUAUAGGCAGAAGUCAGUCCCUCCGGUUUCUUGACCGCUUUACCAGCAACACCGGUCUGGUUCUGAGUUUUGACUGUGGUACUCAAGAGCAACGGGAGAGCGUUGCCUCGCAAUUAGAGGUGGAGAGCCGUCAAGAAAUCGGACAACCGUAUGCGUCAAACUCUACAGCGCUAGGCUUACAGGCAGUUGCGGAUUCACCUCCACUGCUGGACAACCUAAGCGAUGCGAGUACCAUUGACUGCAUCCCUAUUAACUGGCUUUGCGACCCACUUUCCUUAAAGACACACGAAAUUCUUCUGCUUAUUGAAGAGGUUGUCACUAUCAAACCCAGAAACAGCUCAGUCACUUUGGACUGGUCAUCGGCCCUCAAAAAUGCGUGUCUGCAAUUCUUUUCACCAGCGAACUUGCGACGAUUCCUUGGAUUCUACUGGGCGAUUUGGCACCCGAAUGUCAAUUUCAUCCAUCGACCCAGUUUUGACCCUAUAUCAGCAAAGCCUGCCCUUGUAGCUGCGAUGGCCACUAUUGGUGCCUGUGUUUCACCCGAAAUGCCAGAUAAUGAGGAUGCUCGGACUUGGUUCAAUUGCGUGGAAGAGAUAGUCUUUAUAGACGAUGACUUUAACAGUAACGCGAUCUACUCUACUUCAAACAACAUGUCAAUCCAUCGACGAAAGAUUCAAGUUCUACAGGCUGCAUAUAUUGUUUGUCUUUAUCAGAAUUGGGAAGGCACGGACUCGAGCAAGAGUCGAAUUCGCCGAAACAGGUUUGCGACAUUGGUAUCUACCGCACGAGACAUUGGAAUCACAACAGCAACGCAUUUAAACUAUGCUGAAAUGGGUCGUCAUGACUUCGAGUGGAAGGAAUACGCAACUCGUGAAGAACUCAUUAGAAUGUUUACAUGGAUCUUUCUUUUCGAUACUGCGUUUGUCAUUUUCAAUAAUCUUCCGCCUCGCAUGGUCAUCAAGGAAAUGAAGAUGCACCUUGCAACACCUGAGAGCUGCUUCCAAGCACUGACUGCCGAUGACUGCUAUCGGGAAAUCCAAACACAUCUCCCCAGUGGAAAUGCUUAUUGGAGUCUCUCCUUCCGUGGUGCAUUUGAAGCACUUGCAAAGGACACAUUUUCACCAAGUAUGCGCCAGAUAAUCGCCGCAUCAGGGCCCUUGAAUCUCUUCGCGCUUACAUCCGCAAUUCAUUCCCAGAUCUUCCAGUACCGCAGCUCAGUCAGCAGCUCCCAAAACCUAACCCCAAUACGCAACACUCUCCAGAACUGGUGCGACUCUUGGCAGCUCUUCGCAUCGACAUCAUCAACCGGUACGCCUCCUCAUGUCACUAUCGACGAUACAAAUAUUUCGCCGCAAAAUAUGUGGAAAAGAAUUGGGUUUUGUCGGUACUGCCCUGAGUUCUGGCUCUUAGGAAGCUUGAUGACGGAGCGUCUGGCGUUAUUAGGAGACAUACAACUGGGGAAUGAUCUUGCCCCUGAUGAGGAUGGUGCAUUUGAUCCAAUUCUGAACCAGUAUGAUCAGACAAGUAUGCAACAGGUCAACAACCUGAUUUUUGGGUUUCAAACAUUUCAGUUGUGA